GGCCACUAGAGGGCAAACCAUCAGGAAAGGAAGCGGAAGUCGAUUUGUUAAAGGCGGGAUCAGGAAGUUGAGUUUUGAACGCUAGCUAGCUACAGUUCAGAAUAUUGCAGUGACUGUAGAUUACAGCGGCUACAACUUUCACUGGCUAGUGUGAUAUCUUAAGGAAGGGGAAACGCACCUACACCAGCAAUGUCGUCAACAUCACAGAAACACAAGGAGUUUGUGGCCGAGCCUAUGGGUGAGAAGCCGGUGAUGGCACUCGCUGGAAUUGGAGAAGUGCUUGGAAAGAGGCUGGAGGAAAAGGGCUUUGAUAAAGCGUAUGUUGUUCUUGGCCAGUUCCUGGUGCUGAAGAAGGAUGAAGAGCUGUUUCGGGAGUGGUUAAAGGAUACCUGUGGGGCGAACUCUAAACAGCAAGGCGACUGUUAUGGCUGCCUUCGAGAAUGGUGUGACUCCUUCCUGUAAUUAGGUUUUUUGUUGUCUUUGUUUGUUUGUUUGUUUGUUUGUUUUUUAGUCAUGGGUUGCCCUUUCCAAAAGAUACAUCAGUAGUCAGCACAGCUUUAGCACUACAAUGUGAGCAGGGUUUUCAGACACAGGUGGAUUAUACUUCCUUGUGCGUUUUUAUGUAUUGGAACUACACAGAUUAUUUUUGCCAACAUUUUAUUGUUUUAUACUGCUUAAUCAAUGAAACCGAAUCUGAAUUCACGGCAUGCAUGUAGCUGUUUUGAUUCAGUACUCCUGGUGCUGAUCAUAUCGUGCACGUUAAAGCUGCGCCUUCCCAAUGGUUUUCUUUACGGAACGGACAGCAUCGUUUUAUGACCUCAUACUGACACGAUGUUGACGUUUCCUUUUCAUUUCUACACGUGUUUUAAUUGAAAACUGCUACAACUGCGUGUAGUCAUUAACAUGAAGGUUGUUUUAAGAAGAUGUUCAAAAUAAAUGUGGUUCAGCUGAACAGCUAUUACAUUUUUAUGUCCCAGUGGUCUUUUCAUUCAAACAGAAAUGCCUUAAUAAAGUGAUCAUUCUGUGUACUCUUAGAUGUGUUUUAACAUGGUUUUAAAAGUGGUUUACUCUAUCACAAAUAUUUUACUUCUGAAAAGUAAAUGUUAAAACAUGAAAACACUGGUAAGUGUUUACUGUAACAGUGCAGAUGGGUGGAAUACAAUUUUUUUUUCUGUUAUGCAUUUCUCUUUUGAAUAAAAUUACAUUAUGAACCACUGAA